AUGCCUACAAUACACGAAGCACUCGCUGCAGUCCGCGGAGAGACCGAAGCCACGGUUGCUCCCAUCCUUCAAGCUCUACAAGCUGAAGGUUUUGAUGUGGAUGCUGAGGCGGGAGACGCGUUUUGUCUUCUUGACGUUAAUUAUCUGCGAUCACACCUUAAUCUCCGGCAGCUUACCGCCCUGAAGGCAGCCAUCAAAAGCGCUGAUGCUGGCACCAGCAACACUGCUGCAGAUGCAGCAGGUGGGACUGACAUGACGGCAACCAUCAGGGCGCGCGCGUGUUACUCUUCCAAGUAUGCCGCCCACCUGGUGGUGGAGCCCCCCAACUCGCCACCGUACAAGGAGGCGGCCACGGUGGUUGGGCCGCACCACGUGGCAACGUUCGCGCAUGGCAGGCAUGAAAAUUGGACGCUUGGGCAACAGAUGCAGAUUGCCGUGCACUGCCCCGACGCGGACCGCAGGGUGUUGGUGGACUCAACGGUGGUGUGCAUCAAGCCCAUCCAAGACGUUGCCAUCCUCGAGGUGCAGCGCAAGCUGGUGCCCCCGGUGCUGGACUUUGGUGUCUCGGCUGGCGACAAGUACUACGUCCACGGCCAGUCCACGCAGGCGCAAGCGGACGCCACAUCCAUCAGCCACGGCAUGGUGGUGGUGACCGAGCCAGAUGUGCACAGCCACAUCCGUGGUGACAUUGUUGCGGGUGUCGGUGAUUCAGGCGGCGGCUGCUUCUCGGUCGACACCGGCAAGCUUGUGGCCAUGGUGGUCGGGUCUGACACCCGUACAAACAAAGCCAUCCUGGUGCCCACUGCAGUCAUAUGCAGCAUCCUGUCGGACCUGUCGGCAACCUCGGGGGCUGCAGGAGCAGCCACCUGAGCAUACAGCGUGUGGCGACGGGUGGCCAGAGCAAGCUAGCCUG